AAUAUUUGAUAUAGGGUCACAACCUAAUCGGGAUAAAAUAAUCCCAGAAAUCGUAUCCCUGCAAAUGGCGGCACUUGAAUCAUCAUCACUAGCAGUCUCAUUCUUCCGUCUCCCAUUUUCUUCAAAUCCGCCAUUACUAUCCCCUUCAACUGCAAGAUCAAAGCUUUCAUUUCCAAUUUCUACCACCAAACUUUCCCACAAAUCUUAUCCCCAUCUUCUUCCCAUUUCAACAAAGUUUCGAGUCCUAUCAUCAUCAGCAAUUCAAGAGGAGGUUGCGGUGGAAGAAGAAGAACAAUCAGAGAAACCCCAGGAAGAAAUUCUACAGAAGAGGCUUUUUGUUCUUAAUCUACCAUGGACUUAUUCUGUUGAUGAGCUCAAGAAUCUCUUUAGUGAAUGUGGAACUGUAGAAGAUGCUGAGAUAAUAAAGAGGAAGAAAGAUGGGAAGAGCAGAGGGUAUGCAUUUGUUACAAUGGCUUCUAGACAAGAGGCAUUAUCUGUGAUUGAAAAAUAUGAUUCUUAUGAAUUAAUGGGCAGGAUUAUUCGGGUAGAAUUUGCAAAAGAUAACAAGAAAACUUCACCUGCAGCUCCUCCGCCUGGUGGUGACCGGUGUAAGCUGUAUGUGUCGAAUUUGGCAUGGAAAGUAAGAGCUAAUGAUCUUAGAGACUUCUUUGCUACAGAAUGCAAUCCUAUAUCCACGAGGGUUGUUUUCGAUGUCCCUGAAGGAAGAUCUGCCGGAUAUGGAUUUGUUACUUUUGCUUCUAAACAAGAAGCAGAAUCUGCAAUAUCUGCAUUCGACGGGAAGGAGUUAUUAGGGAGGCCUGUUAUUGUAAAGUUUAGCGAAAGAGGUGCGGAUAAAAGCGAAGCUGAACAGGAGGGCACCUCUAACGAACAACCUCAACCCGAAUCUGAAUCUGAAACUGAAACUGAACCUGAACCUGAACCGUAGUGAAGAUCAUAUGGAGGGUUCGAAAACAUGUUCACAUUUUUUUCUUUAAAUUUCACAUCCAGGCAGUAAGUAAAUUAUAUCGCUGAUUAGUCGUCUUAUUAAUUUAUCAAAUAUGGUGUUCCAAUCAUAUUGGUUCAUGCC